AUGGACACAACAACCACCAUCGCCUCUCCUAUCUCUUCUCCCCCUCCAGCCUUCUCCCAAUUGGCCAUCCUCCCCACGGAAGUUCGGCUCAAAAUUAUGAAGAACCUCGACCAAGUCUUGUCAGCCUGUCUUGGUCUGACUUGCAAGGCUUUCUAUCCACUCCACAAGGAGCUCCGCGGCAUCGUCCCCCUCUAUUCAUGGUACUAUCUUGCGCCGUACGCCAUGCUAGGGGAGCGACUUGAGACGUGGGCUGGUCCGGAGCUGUGGUACCAAUUUGGCGCGCGAAAGUUUUGGUCACCAAGUGCAAUGGUGAAUCCGUGUCCCUCAUUCUCUCCACACCAAAUCAAACACCAUUAUCGACCAACUCCUUGUCUCCUUCCAAAGUCCCACGGUCUCUCUACCACUCUACGUCUACGUCUGGAGAAUCUCCUUCAACAAGCAAUCAUGAACACUUCAACCUCCAGCAGUAUCACCUCCAUCCCUUCCGAACUACAACUCGGAAUCUUCUCGUACCUCGACCCCGUCUCCUCUACUUGCCUAGGUCUCACUUGCAAGAAGCUCUACCCCCUCUCUAAGAAAGUUUACCGCACCGCUAAACUCAACGCCGUCUAUUGGGCUCCUGGCGGGCGAUCAUUCAACUAUCUAGGGGAAUUGCUUGAGACAUGGGCUGGCCAAAACCUCGAAUACCUGCUUGGUUCAUCCAAGUUUCAUCGUGUGAGAGUAGACAGGCGCAAGAGACGAGCAAUCAAGGAUGGAGAGUAA